GGGCAUUCACCCUAAUCAUCGUGUAAUUAUGAUAAUUUGACCUGUUGUGUGUUUUUGGAAGUACUGCACGAGUCAGUCACGAGGAGACAGAACGCUGUACACAGGCCCUGCGUGUGGAGCUCUGUCGUUUGGCACAAGUUUGGUAGUCAAUGUUUGUCCCUAUAGCUUGGUGAUAAAGACGUUAUUUUAGAAGUGAUUGUUGGUCUAUAUCGGGCUGUGUACACCCAGUGUCGAGGCGGUCUGAGAAGGCCUUGAAGAUCGGGACGGAGACUCCAGGUCAGUUCCGUUGCGGUAUGCAUACCGCGAGUUCUUACCCGAAGUGGGCGUGAAUCUUUCCACCGCUGGCCUGAAGACAACACUCUGAACCGAUCGACUGGUCGUUUCGUUGCUUGACGCGUAUAUGGGAUGCCCUUGAACGCCGAAAAUGAGCUAGCUUAUUAUAAAACAAUUUCACUUUCUGUGCUUUGAUACCAAAGCAGCGAAAAAAGACGUUGUGCGACGGGAAAUCCAUGCUUUGAGACGAAGUACAAGGUGCCAAACUCGGGAAUCCAAGCCAGUAAGAAGAGACAAUUGUAAAGACGGACAUUCUUUACGGUUCUUGAUAGCUAAGACUAGUACUAUGGGUCAGGUGUUAGCGACGUUACUCUGUGGACCGUUGUUCUUCCAAGGUCAGCAGCAGAAGCGAGUGUCCGGAAGACCAUCGCUUCGGGACAGAGAUCGAGGUGGCAGUAUCCACUACUACGACCAGCUUCCCGCCAGAAGACUGAAGGAUGACGACCUCAACAUCUGGCACGACCCCCAUGACCGCACGCACAUGGAGACUGAUGAGGACCUGGAACUCUACAACCUCAUCAGGCGGAGAGAUGAAUGUCCUAGGGGGUCAGAUGAAUGGAGUCACUUGAACUUUGACAUCCACACCGUGCGGACGCGCAGAAGAGAAAUCAGGGACAGAUGGGUCAAGAUUCUUGAAAGAUUGGGUUUUGACGACCUGCAGGAGAUUGACAACAUCCUGACCGUGACAGCGGUUACCAAGGAAACCAUCAGUCAGGGCGCCAAAGACCUGUUCAACGAGCUGGCGUCAGAAUCGUCCAUAUUUGGCGUGUCCUCGACUAACCCCGCCAGAUAUCUUUACGUUCUGGAGCGCCUGACAGACAUCGACCUCGCCCAGGCGUUUGUGGAGACGGCCAAACAGCUCUACCCCAGCUCCCUGGUUGUGUCGUGUUGCCAUGGCAGAGCCACGCCCAUCCCGGGCCAACCUGUCCUGAUGGCAACGACCCCUGGCGGUCACCACGUGAAAGUCAUGUCCAGAGUCCCGGGUCAUCCAGUUCGCGUCCGGUCGUCUUCUCCAAAGCCGCACCAGAAAGUACACAGAUCACUCGUCCCGGGAGAUGUCUCCAUCCAGACUAGGAAGAAGUCGAGCAGUCCGCAGACGUCUGACUAUUCCAGUGGAGAGGACAACACGCCGUGAAAUUAACAGUCAGGCCAUUUCUAUUGAACACGUGUUGAAAGAAAACAAGACGGCAAAAACAAGGUGUUAAGACAGUUCAUCUCUUUUGUUUAACUCAUUUGACACUCAAAAGAACGGAUAGAUGGAAGAGAGGCAGAUAUAUUGCACAUUUGAAGACAAUUAAUAAAAUUGUUUCUGACUGAAGUUAUCCCCAUUUCAGUGGCCAUAGUUGCAACAAAUGUAUACAGCCGACGAUGGUUGUCAAAAGUCAUUCAAGGUCAUUCAAACGGAAAAGGAACGGUGCCUAUCAUUGGACUGUCAUCUCAACAUUGAAAUAACGAAUCUACUUCAUAAUUUGUAUACUUAAGAGUCUAGUACUGUUGUGGAAAAAUAAGACCUCUUAACGUUUUGUUAUCGUGGAAUAUCGUGGAAUGGAUUUGUUGCAGAUCCAGCAUUUUAGAAAAGAUGUUGCAAUAUAUUUCUAGAUUACUGUGAUAUAUUAUUGUGUCUCUGUAGUAGUACACGGUAUCAUCAAGAAAGUCUACAACAAUGAAAUGUAUAAAGAUGCAUGUUGUGAAUUUGGUCAUUUUUGUAACGUUAUCGUUAUACAUGAGUGUACGUACUACGAAUAUUGUUCCCCUUGCGUAAUAAUCAAUUUUGAUUCCCUUCAUAUUUGUCAGUAUAAGACCGUACAACCUUAUAAAUGCGCCACGUGUGUAGACGGCGUUCUGUGUAAAGAACUCAGCUUGCCUCCCUACUAAUUUUAAGCUUUGCAAUCUUUAAGCAUUCGUUGUAUUCAAUCAUGUAGGCUUGUUGGCGAAAUGUUCUUGGUUGUAUGACGCUACAAGCUGAAACAUAAAUACA